AUGGUUGCCAUCAAUGAUAUGUACUAUUGCGGAGGCCACGCAUUCGUAUCUCCAAGGAAUCUGGCAAAUAUCCGAUGUGCUGUCGAUCGGUUGAAAGUCCGCUGCUUUGACGGUCUGAGUGAAGUAGUGCGUUGUCGAAGAUGCAGAAUGAAAUCGGAAAGAGCAAUCGGAUGGAAAUGUAAAAAUUGUACAUCAAUGUGGAAUUUGGAAUGGAUGAAUGGGAUAAUUGGAAGUGUUGGUCGACAAAACAAAUACGUUUGCCUCUCCACUCGUCAACGAGACCAUCCCACAAUAUUCAAGCUGCUUGAUCUUGCAUUCUGUCCAUCAAGAAUGCAGAAAAGAGGAAUGCUAUACAGCAUCAGUUUAAUUAAACAACCAACUGAAGAGGCUCAGCAACAGCAUCCGUUUAUUGCCCACCUUUUCCUCAGCACGUCGAAAAAGCGACAACAUUUGAUGAAGGAUGCUGGAUAUUCUUCCGACUAUCCGUUCCUAAUAAAGAUUUUAUUGGGUGUUUGGUACUCGGCCCGGCAACACACGUCACUA